AUGCAGGGACAUGGGAAUAGGGGUGGCAGAGGAAACUAUUCAUCUCGUUACAUGUCUAAUGGUGGUGGAAAUAGAGCUCUUUCUGCAAAGGAAAACGGGAUAAUCAAUAAAGGUGUAGAGGAAGGGAACUAUGAGACAACAGAGAGCACAAAUAAAAGGGAGUUUGAGGCAUAUGGACCAAUCAAACAGGAUGCAGCUUCUCGGGGAAUUGUUGGUGUAGGCUUUGAUGUUGUGCAAUACGGAUUAGCAUCUACUCUUGGAAUGUUCAAUACAAAUGGUUUUCAAUUCUUUAGUAAUGAAGACUUUUUAUGUCCAGUUGAUGGAGCUAUCAUGAUAACAGCAAGCCAUCUUCCUUAUAAUAGAAAUGGUUUUAAAUUCUUUCCUAAUGAAGGAGGCCUUGGAAAACCGGACAUUAAAGACAUUCUGGAGCAUGCUGCAAACAUAUACAAUGGAUUUACACCAGAAUCUCUAGAAGAGGCAGAAAGAAAACUUUCAUCUUCAACCACUAAAGUUGACUACAUGGCUAUUUACGCUUCUAACCUUGUAAUAGCAGUUCGUAAAGCUUCAGGAAAAAUAGGAAAUCCAUUGGAAGGAUUUCAUAUAGUUGUGGAUGCUGGGAAAGAAGCUGGUGGUUUUUUUGCUGUAAGUUAUCUUUUAGCAUGUGUACAUAAUUCUUUACCUAGGUUCUCAUCUGAUGUACAACUUACCCACCAUAACAAAACCAACAUCGGUUUUGCUCCCACUAAUACAGCCAUUUUACUUGGAACAGUUGCUCAUAUGAUUCCAACUGUUAUAGACAGUGACAUGGCCAUGGUCCUCUCCUCUGAUUUGACCUUCAUAGUAGAUGAUAAUAAUGGAAAUCUGGAAGAAUAA